AUGAUUCUCGCUAUCUUUUUUGCCUCUGCUCUUCUCUCUUGUUUGCCUUUUAUUCACUCUGCUACAGACCACAACAUUUCCAAAUCUAUCUGCCCAAAAGAUUUCAUUUGCCCAAAAUUUUCCCCAUUCACGUACCCAUUUUAUAAUAUCACUGACAGCAAUUGUGGGUUGAUCAAGGUCAACUGUACUUUAUAUGGUGGGGAAAUUGAAAUUGAAGGAGAGUCACAUGAGAUUGUUUCCAAGUAUGUGUCAGAUCCUCAGUUGCCGCCGUACACCAACAUCGUAGCCCUGAUACACCAGCAUCCUAGCAUCCUAGCCCUGUCGACCAUCGCGACUACCCACUUCUUUCCUCAUAGCCAUUGUUGCCUACGACCACCACUACUACCCCUUUCGAUUAAAUCAAAAGAUGCAGAGAAUGACAAACGAGGAAGACACGAAUCCCACAGGAGAUCAACUAAGGUUUUCCCGACAUUUGUGGAUGCUGCAACGCUAUUUAAGGGCUUAUAUGUUGAAUCGGACAAUAAAGAUGUUGGAAAGCCUGUUGGAGAUUAUUUUGGCAUCCUAGGAGAUGUUCCACAAAUAGUAGUUAGGAAUAACUUUGAUGAGAUUAUCUUAGACGAGUCAAAAGAUGUUCUACUAAAGAUUUAUGUGCCAUGGUGUGGGCAUUGUCAAGCUCUAGAACUAACUUACAACAAACUUGCUAAACAUUUACACGAUAUUGAUUCCUUAGUAAUAGCAAAGAUGGAUGGAACUACAAAUGAACAUCCAAAGGCAAAGGAAUGGUUAGAAGAAUGCAUUGAAGACCUAAUAGGAAUAACUUGAAAAAUGAAUAAAGUUUUAUCAUACUCACAAUUUAAGAAUGUUGUUAUUUU